AUGUCAGGCUCCAAGCUCAUGUGUAAACCGGCCAUGUCCACUGGAACUAUCCCAGGGGAGGGCGGAUGCAACGUGCCCCGCAGUUGUAACCACGUCCGGUGUCAUUCACUCACAAGGACGAGGAAGCCCGGAGGUGCGGAAGUAAAGGGGUUUUGCGAUGGCGAAUUGGAGACGUCGUUCACGCGCGUCGACGAGAACGUGAAUCUGCGAGUGACCAGCCCAGAGACGAUUUGUAAAAGCACGCACAGAACACGUAAUGGCGAACCAUGCUCAGAGACAAUAGCAGAUUUCUCCUUUAUGUCCGAGGACGAUUUGUCGUUCGGGGACAGCUCCGGGAAUUCCAUAGACUACGGUUUUAUCAGCGCGGUUACUUUUUUGGUGACCGGUAUCUCUCUGGUGAUCAUUUCCUACGCGGUUCCAAGAGAAGUUGAGGUGGAUCGCGACACGGUGUCAGCCAGAGAGAUGGAAAAGUUGGAGAUGGAGAGCGCACGGAUAGGAGCCCACCUGGACCGCUGCGUGAUCGCCGGGCUUUGUCUGCUGACUCUGGGGGGAGUGGUGCUGUCCACGCUGCUCAUGAUCUCUAUGUGGAAAGGGGAGAUGUACAGGAGAAAAGUCAUAGCCUAUUCCAAACGAACGGCCAAACUUUACGGAUCCAUCAGCCUCAAGACGAGAUCCAGUCCAAGUCACUCAUCGGUGCAGGUUUCGAUUGAUGAACUGGAUGAAACUAUAGCCUGA